AUACUUGCAAUUGCAUGUAUAUACGGAUACACACGCAAAAAUGGGAGCAUUAAAAAGGCUAUGAAAAGGUGUUUCGUCAUUCGUCAUCAUGAAAGCAUCUAUACGCAGACAAUAGGGUAAAGCCGUUGAAUACAUUCAAGCGAAGACCAAUAUUCUCUCUUCUUUCAACUUGCAUGUACAGAAUAAUACACUCGUCUGUACUGUAGAUCGUCUGAUGUGACUCUUCGCGGUACUCUAUUUUUAAUUUAUAUCCUAGUUUACAUUUGAGGACUUUCGAUUCAUUUCUGCUUGCUGCACGCAGUGGAUCAGAAAUAUACCCCAAUCCCUCUGUUCUCGAAUUGGAGUAAUCUGAAGCUGAAGCGAGAGCAAGAGGACACUUAUAUUUUGGGAAUAUAUUGAGGUCACGUCAAUGGGGAUAUUCGGGUGACCUCAACCUCGACGAGAAUACCAACAUCACCAUCAUCAUCACUGUAUCAAGAUGGACUAUAUUGGAACUAUUACACUACUAAUAUUAAGCGCCACAGCGCUUCACGAUGUCUCGGGAGCAGAAAUUCGGGAAAAGAGACAGACUGCGAGGCUCAACGUAAGAGACUGUAGCCCUUUCAUACCGUACUACCCAUCAACGACAUUUAACUCUGAUGUUCGUCUUGCUGAGUUACGGCGCCAGAUGCACUUACGUUACGAUUACCAGGCCUAUAUAAUACCCGGAUACGAUGCUCAUGGGAGUAUUGACCUAGCUGAUCCUGACAAGCGUAUAUGGUAUAUGACUGGAUUCAAUGGAACAGGAGGUGUUGCUAUCGUGACAAGUGACCGAGUGACGUCAUCAAACUCGAGGGCGGCCAUAUGGGUUGAAAAACGGUUUGAGCUCCUGGCGAAACAACAGAUAGAUUGCAACUGGGAUAUACACGUCUUAGAUGACAAGAAUGAUUUGACUCCAUGGCAAUGGCUCCUGCGAGAGUAUGACCUUGAUCCCCAAGACCUCUUAUCCGGGGAGCUGCGCGGAGCCGGACUCGAGAAUGGUGCUAGGGUCGGAUUUGACCCUCUACUUAUGCCUUACGGAUUCUGGUACGAGCUCCAAGAGACAGAUCGCCUGGAACCCCGCUCCGUGAGCCUCCAAGCCACACCCCUUAUAGAUUUAGGCCUCACUGUAGAGGAACGUAAGACCAAUCUAGUCGAUAGGGUCCGCAUAGAGCUGGCGGGGCGUGAAGGGGUGAUUGAUCCAGAUAGGAUUGAACCAUUGGAUCAGUUCAACCCCUACGGUUUGACCUACCCCGGAAGGGAAAUCUACAUACAGGACAAGGAGCUUUACGCCGGUUAUGACUGGCAGGAUAAAGUAUACCGUCGACGUCAGACAUCCCUGGGGAACCCCAUCUUGUACUUUAAGAAUCUGCGAGAACUCAUGGAUGAAAAAGAUGUUGAUCUACUCAUCAUAACGAGGCUCGACGAAAUUGCCUGGUUGUUCAAUCUACGAGGAGAAGACAUCCCAUACAACCCUCUCUUUAUUUCGUUUGCUAUCGUCGGGACACAGUAUAUCAAUCUUUAUCUGUAUGAUUCUAAUCGCCGACUGGACUCGGAGAGAUUCCACGAAUUGAGGGAACAUCUGGAGCUCGAUACGGCAAGGUGUACAAGCUAUACUUCCUUCCCAACAACUUGCAUAAGAGCGAAGGAUAUAUCAGCCUUUACUGACGACCUGUCCACUAUAUCGUUUAGCAAGAAGGUGUGGUUCAGUAACUCAUCCAACUACUUUGUCUACAAGACUGUCACUGAAAGAGACGAUGUUAGAAAUGAUAGGAGUAAAUACAUUAUGGAACCUUCCCCCAUUCUUUUGAUGAAAGCUGUCAAAAAUGACGUUGAGGUGGAGUCAAUGAACUUGGCAUUCAUAGCAGAUUCAGUGACGACGAUAGAAGUAGCAGCUUGGAUGGAUAAUCUUCUUCAGAAUAUGGUGAAUCCAAAAGAAGGGGAUGAUCGAUCAUUAACAGAGUGGCUGGUUUCACAAAGGACAGAAACUAUAAGAGAAUCACACACUAGUUAUCAAUAUCCGAGUUAUGAGACUAUAGCAGCUGUUGGAUACCACAGUGCAAAUUAUUAUUACCAUCCAAUAGAAGAUGAACGAUUCGCCAUCCCUACUGGAAAGAUGUUCCUUUAUGACAUGGGAGGACAAUAUAGGGAAGGAACAACUACCCUAGCAAGAACUUUCUUCUUUGCCAAAGAGUGGUACGAGGAUAAUGAGAACCGCUAUGAAUACGACCGCACCUAUGAUCCAGCAACACCGUCCGAAUUCCAAAAGGAGGUCUACACUCGCAUUGUACUUGGACUUAUUGAUCUGUCUAUGGCCAAAUUCCACACAAAUGUAUAUGGACGUGAUCUGGAUGCCAUUGCCCGCCAGUACUUGUGGGACGUGGGUCUGGACUACUUCCAUCCGACAGGAUACGGUGUGGGACAAUAUCUCACCCCUCAUGAAGGUCCUGUUUACAUCAAUUCGGAAUUCAUGGUCGACGAACAGCCAUUCAACCGUAGCAUGUUUAUUUCUGCAGGUCCCGGUUAUUACUAUCGUGAUCCUGACGGUGACAGGGAAAGUGACUUUGGUGCUCGUGUCACAAAUGUUCUCUAUGCCAAACCUGUCCCACGAACACCAUAUGAAUUUUUGAACGAGGAUGAAAGCGAUGACGUUCAGUACCUUGAAUUUGAGACAGUGACCUUUGUACCUUUUGAGCCAAGGCUGAUCAAAUUUGAAUACUUCACAAGAAAACAGCUGGACUGGUAUAAUGACUACAGCACGCAAAUCCGGGAAAAGAUGAGCGGUCGUCUCUCCGGAGAUGCGCUAAAAUGGAUGCGGAGGAGAACUCGCUUCCAGAGGUACAAGUGGGAAUACAUCGGUGGGGCGUCAACAAUCUCAAAGACUACUACGGCCAUUAUAGUUACAGUACUUUCGUUCAUAACAUCUCUUCUUUUGCUGUAGAUAUGUUUAUUUAGUAUUUCAAUAUGUUUUCUUUGUAUUAAUUGUCAAAAGCUCCUGUGAUGAUUACAUAUUUGGUAAGAACUGACAAAACAAUUUUUGUCGAUGUAAUCAUCAUAAAUGCCAAUAAAUGAUUACCAAUCCUAAAGCCUUAUGGAAAUCUAUUUGUGGUUUUAAGUUGUAAGCCUUCACACUGGACUACAUAUAUAGUGGUGGUCAAAACUUAGUGAACCCUACCAGAAAAUGAAAACAUAAUUAUUUAAAGUGUUCCAGUUCUGCUUUGUUUUAGAUAUGUAAUCAAUAAAGUGUCUUUGGGCUCGCUGAACAUUGUAUUGUUGUUGUUGUCUACAUCCAAUACUCAGCAUGAAGGUGUGCCUUGUUUGGGUGAGGUUCACUAACUUUUGAGCACAACUGUAUGUGAAGUCAAGUUCGUCUGCUGUAUAUGAAUACCAAAUCUUGAGUAUAAAUAAUUUUAUCUUCAUCUGAAAUUACAUUUUUAUACACUGAUUGAGUUUGUAAUGUUACGGCAACAUGAUACUAAAGCCAAUUGCAAUAUUGAAAUAGCCUAUAACUCAAACCACAGAGUGCUUUUAAAAAUCGUUUCCAUUAGAGAAUGUUAUAUUAAUUGAAUGCUAAAAAAAUAAUUUACUGGCUAUUUGUUUAUAGUUCAAGGCAUAUUUAAAUCCUAAACAAUAUGGGCUUUUGUUGUUUACAAAUACAAUUCAUAUUUUAUUCUUUGUUCAGCUUUUUUACUUAAGUGUUAAAAAAAUAGGCCUAUAUAUGAAUUGUACUGUAUUCAAUUUGUGAUUGAAUUAUAUGUAUUCCAUUUCUGAAAACAAUUUCAUUUGAAAUAUUUGUUGAAUGUGGAUGGAGACAUGAAUUACAAAACAUUGGCUUUGUGUCGUCUUCAGGAGAGUGAUUGAUUUAAUUAGAAAUAUCUCGGGACUAGUUUUCAAAUGAUACCUAAACGUUCUCCUAUAGGCCUAUUGUAUGUCUUUCCAAUCAUGGGCAUAUGUAGGCCAAUGCAAGGUAGACAGGUAUUCUGAACUUUGGCUCAGUUUUGAAGAAAAAAAAUAGUCAAUCUCCACUGUUAACUAUGCGUAGCCAGAUGUGUCACCUAGUAAUCACACGGUCGUAUGCAGAUUUUUUUUCUUAGCAGAGCAGGAAAUGGGAGGAGAUAAAGAGUGUUGGCAUUUUUUUUAUACAAAUCUAUACCAUUGCUUGACCAAAAUCAACUGCAUGACGUAUUCGAUAUCACACCCCUCGAGCAUCGCAGCAUCAGUUAAGAGUUGUUUCUUUCUAAUCUUUAGGUAUAAAGUUUAUGAAAAUCUGACAAGUGAUUGUGGAUUCAUGUUCAGUAUUCCAUAAUCAUUUUAGUUUUGCGAGCUUAUCCCCCAUCUCUUCACUUAAGAAAAUAUGAAUUAGUGGUGCUGUUUUGUUAAUGCUAAGCUCUUUAGUUUAAUUAACCAAGAAACAAAAAUGUUAAUGUGUCUUAUAUUUAGGUUUAUAAAACAAAGUUUCAAAUGUAAUUUUUAUAGUUGUUAAAAGAAGUCGAAUUCUCAUCAUGUACCCGUAUGUCGUGCCUUGUAAAUUUGCUUGUUGUACUUUUGAGUAGAUAAUCACUACUGCUGCUCUCAUGGAAAGAAUGCACAAAUUGAAGAUGAAAUGUCAUAUUUUCAAAUAAUUUAAUAAGAGAAAAAUUACUGCUCCGCAUUCAUAUAUUUUUAUUCAUACUUAUCUUUUUUUGUAGCAAAAAAAUCACUUGUUAACAGGGAUCGAUGUGUAGGCUGAAAGUUUUUAUAUGCAGGUAGAAUACUCUACGGAAAAUGUCUAAAAAGUUCUUUAUGGAGUGAAUUCUGAAUAGUCUCAGUAAUGCUUUUAAAAUUCUUCAGGAAAACAUAUUACAAUUUUCCUCAAAUUUUCUAGUGCCAAGAUUUAUAGUUUUCUAUUUCAUGAGAUAUGUCUUUUUUUUAAUAGAUAUGUUGUAUUUAUAUUUGUAUAUAUAUCACUUUUGUAUAUUCUGGUGAACAGGGGCAAUUCUUACGGAAUGUAAAUAUCUAGAAUAUUGUCUAUGGAAUUGGAUUGUAGUAAUAUCUGUGUCACAGCUGUUGUGAUUAUGUUUCAUUUUUAAAGAUAUUUCUUGUUUUUGGUGUGAUUUCGCUAAAUUGAUGUGAACAACCAAAAAUUGCUGCAUGCAUAGGCCCCUAUAAUUUUUCAUAAUCUCUCCUGAUUAAUGAUGCACAAAUUAUUGAAAGUUUAUUUUACAGUAUGUUACAAUUUCGUGGGCUGGAUGCGAGUUCACAUUUUUAGAGGAAAAGUCCUGGUUUGCAUUUUAUGUAAACACAGUUUACCAUAAGCACACAUUUUAGAUGAGAUUGCGUAAUAUGAGAUUUGAUUUAUUUUCAUCGUAAACUGUAAUAUCACAUUGAAUAUCAUAGUAUUGAUAAACGUUGUAAUUAUACAUUUAUUUAGCUAUGAAUAUAAAUUACCAUUCUUUUAAUUCGUUAGUAUCAUUACUAAUUGGUUGUUAUUAUCAUUACAAUUAAUUUUACUGAAGGAUUUAGGUAAAGAAUUGUUUCCCUAGUAUUGAAAACAAAGACGUUUGAAUAUGUUGUCAAUGCAGUGGAUAUGUUUUACAUUUUUCAUGUGAAUGUUUCGAGACACAAUAUUAUCUUCUCCCUUUAAUAUUACUAUCUGUAUACAAUUUAGUUCUAGUUUGUAUAUUGCACUUUUUAGAGACAUUCCACACUAUUUCCUGUUGGUAAUUGAAUUCCAGAUUAAUGAUAUUGAUAACUGUGUGAGAAAUUAAGCUGAAAUUUUUCAAUUCAUGCUUUUGUAAUAAACUCCUCGAUUUUUAUGAUUCAAAGAAAA